AUGUCUUCUAAGACCAAUUUUCGAGUUAUCAUCGCUGGAGGUGGUGUCGCUGGUCUUACACUUGCUAAUGCACUGGAGAUCCUCGAUCAACUUGGACUAUUAGAUGAACUGAUGGAAAAGAUGGAAUCUGUAUUAUGGAUGGCGGAUCGCGACAAUCGAGGGCACUUGAUUUGCCCUCGAUCUGACGUGAGUAAGCUUGGACAGGCAAGGACUGGGUAUAACGCCUUGUGGGGAGAUAGCCAGAUUCUCUUGCAGGCCUUGUUUGACAACGUCCAAGAUGAAAGCAAAAUCUUGACACGCAAGAACAUUGUCGAGAUCGAUCAUCAACCACACGGAAUAACUGUCAGAUGUGAUGACGAGUCUUCAUUUGAAGGAAACAUUCUAGUCGGUGCCGACGGAGUUGCAAGCAGGGCCCGAGAAGAAUUGUGGAAGCUGGCCGAACCGAGACAGCUAGAGCUGGUGAGACAAGACAAGAACAGCAUGAUUGCGUCUUCAGUCCAACACCUCGAAGCAGGAGACUUCGAUAUUGGCUACGACACCGAUCAAAGUUCUCUCGUGGUAACCACCAAGAAUGGAAGAGCCUACUACUUCAUAUUUGAAAAAUUGAAUGUGCAAUAUCCACUCAGGAAUAUCCCACACUAUACUAGGGCGGAGACUGAACAAUUCGCCAUUCAGCACGGAGACAUGCUCAUUCGGCCAGAUCUCAAGUUCUCUUACUUGUGGGAGAAGACAACUUCGUGCCAGCUUGUUGCUUUGGAAGAAGCCAAGUUCAAACUGUGGACGUGCGGGCGAAUCGUGUGCCUGGGAGACAGCACAUACAAGAUGACUCCAAACGUUGCGGCUGAAGGCAAUGUCGCAAUCGAGAGCGUAGCGGCGUUGGCUAAUUCGAUCAAGGCUAUGGUGGACCGACAUGGCGGAGAACCUCCAACUGAGAGAGAAAUCGAAGAAUACCUCCGUGGAUAUCAGAAAUGUCGAGAGGAGAGGGCGGCAUCUGUCAUCGACGCUUCUGCUAAGCAUAUACGCUUACAGGCUCUUCGAGGACCCCUUGAGCGCGUCUUCUUCCGGCUCUUCUUCCCUAUGCUGGGCGACUUUUUACAAGACAUGGCCAGCGACAUGGUCAUUGGUGCUACUAUGCUUGAAUAUCUUCCACCGCCAAAGGCAUCCCUAAGUGGAACCAUGCCCUUCAACCCAACCCAGGGCGACGGUAAGAAAGAAAGUAAGGUGAAGAGAGCCCUGGCGAUAUUACCGAUGCUUGGCCUGUUCUAUCUCGCCUCUAGAGUAUUGAACGCCGAGAAAGCAUUCCCAUGGCAUGAUACAGUAUCUCGAGGGCAGGUCGCCUCUUGCUUAACUAACUUGGGGAUUAUCAUUACCAUUUGGUCUAUUGAGUCUGUUCGCCGGGCUAAUACCUUAACCCUUGCUCAGCUGCUAUUUCUAUUCACGCUACUCGGCCAAUUCUUUGGCGUCGGUCUUCUAAGCCCUCUAUAUUACUUUAUCCACUACAUUAGCUCACCCAUUAAGAACUUCAAGGCGACUAACAUGAGACUAACGCGCAUGAACUACAUUCGGGCUAUCCAGCCUGUAAUGAUUCUCGCAUACUACAUCCCAACUUACGCCAUGCUAUUUUGGCCAUCGCUUCCUCGUGACUUGCCAUUGAUUCGAUACACUAUCGGUACCUUAAUCGUUCCCUCUGUAUGCUUUUGGCUCAGGGCCUGGUUUACUGCCCCUUUUGGCACAGCGGCAGGUUUCCUCCCGCAUACUUUGCCCCCUAAUACAUCCGACCUAACGGCCUUUGCGCGGGAGUUCUUAAAGUUCGACGCGGCUUUCGUAUUCUCGGCCACGUUAAUGUGGCUGGGAUAUCUCUUCUGGGACAUGAAGCACGCCGGGAUGGUCCAAUCCAGCUGGCUGAAAAUUGCAAUUUAUGCAAUCAGCACAGCUGUUGUGCUUGGACCGGGGGGAGCGGCUGGGCUGGGAUGGCUUUGGAGGGAAGACAUAAUCACUAACAAGAGACACAAGGCAGCUGUUGUUCAGGGAACCGCUACUAAGUUGAGAUGA